AUGGCUGCUGCUACAACGACCCCUGCGAGCACCAUGUCUUCAACUUUAGCUUCAGCUGCCGGGACCUCGGGAUUGCAACUGAACGGCAGGCCAAGGGUACCACCGCUGAAGACACGGACACCUAUGUCUGCGACAUAUCCAUCGGAACUUCGGAGUCCGCUUCACAGUGCCAGUGUCACCACACCACGCAGUUCGGGUGGGCUUUGGAGUGCCGGAAUUCGGGGAGAGGAUCUGCGAAGCUCGGGGUUGAGUCCUGCCUUGGGUGGAGCUACAAUAUUCAGUGCAGGUGGAGCACGCACCCCGACAAGUGCUCCUAUUAAGAGGGAGUGGGAGGAUGACUCGGCGAACAAUGACCCAACUGUCAUUACCCCACCACCGGCAUACCUUGACUUUCUCCGGGCGCUGAAGCCAGGAGUGAAAUCACCUGUGUGCGCAGCCCCACCACAACCUCAUUCCGCUCGUGGAUUUGGACCGACUUCGGCAUCCUUCACAUCGGGGGGAGAUGGUAAAGGCGAGACCGUGGAGUUCCCCGACUCAAUACCGAGACCACAGAGUCUAUAUUCGACCGACUCCAGUGACAGUGUCACCACAACCGCUUCCCUUUCCACGGGGUCAACAUCAUCGUUGAAUAUGAUGACCGACCCAUCUCACCCCGCCGACACUUCUAUGCCGGGGAUCGAAGAAGUGGACCCUAUUGUCAAGACAGAGCCUGCCACUCCCGAAAGUUUAAAUGAGCCUGAUAUCAACGCGGAGGAUACAGAUAUUACCCCUACUGCAACGAAACGGGAUGAAUCGAGAGACCAAGAGCAUUACCGGAAUUUGUCACCGCCCUCUCGCUCAUCUUCUACGUCUUCAGUCCAAUCUAUCGGUCGUCCGCCCCCCGCCGUCGUUUCUGGCUCUCAACCUGCAAGCAGCGGCCCAUCCCCGGGCCAACAUUAUCAGCUACAUCGUCCGGCAAACAUCCAGAUACCUUCCGCAAGCCAGUUCAUGCGAAAUGCGCAGACGUCAUACGUCCACACUCCCGGUCUCGGCUCCGGCCGACAACCACAAACUCCCAGCUCCGCUACUGCCCCCAAAGGUUCCGCUACCCGUCGGGCUCGCCCGGGUCUGCACAUCCCCAACUCGGGAAAAUCUGUCGGUGCUGGUCCGUACUCACCUGCCGUGUCCGGAACCACCAACCCAAAUGCUGUCCGCUCGCCAAUAUCGGCCGGCAUCCGCUCUCCCCUUUCCGCAGGCGUCCGGUCGCCUCUACCAACAGGUCCGGGGGCUCCCAUCCAUUCACCUGCUAUCCAAAGUCCUGUUGGUGUACAGAGCCCUCUGAGCCUCUCAGGUGCUCUAACGGGCCCGCUAGGUGGGUCUGCAACCCAUCAUGCACCUAGUCCGACGUGCGUCAGCGUUAGGGAGGUUGUGACGAGGACGGUGGUUUGGGCGAGGGGUCCCGGACAGUCGAAUUCGUCGAACGGCAGCUCUGCCGGACCGAAUCAAGCGCAAGGAAGGGAUGGUUGUGGAGAAACAUCAGAAAGGAGAGAGGCGCCGGAGAAGCGAAGGAGGGUGGAAGAUUGA